CGCUUCAAAGAAGAUUAUAUAAAGAUCUCAACCAAGAUAUAAAAAUCUCUCAAAUGUGUGUUCUUUUCAUAUCAAUUUAGGAUCUUGUAACUGGGUUUUUAUUCUUUUAAAGUUUGUGUUCCUUAAAAGCACAAAUUUUGAAUCUUUUGUAUAGGGUUUGUUUCAGAAUUCCAAGUGGGUAUCUUGAUUUUGUGGGUGUGUGGAAAUCUUGGUACUUGAUGUGAAAAUGUGGAUCUUGUGGGAACUAAAAUUGGGGUUUAGGUUAGUUGUUUUGUUUUGAUUUGAUCUAGAAAAAAAGGGGUUUUAGUUUUGACUUUUUGAGGGGAUUUAAGGCCACUAGUUAGGGUUUGCUUUUUCAGGAUCAUACAAGGUUAAAGUUGACCUUUUUGUUUGACUAUUUGAUCAACAGACAAGGAAAAUUGUGCAACAAAAGGUUUUGUUUACUUUCGGCAACAUGGGUUCGAUUUGCACGAAGCUCAUACCAUGUCUGGUUUCACCAAAUAAGGCGUCGAUUCUCGAGGAUCCAAACAACGGGAAAGAAGAGGAAGCUGGCAAUUUACCCGUUUUUAAAGAAUUUACUUUUGAGCAACUUAAAAACGCAACGUCAGGUUUUGCUGUCGAAAACAUUGUAUCUGAGCAUGGCGAAAAGGCCCCAAAUGUAGUUUAUAAAGGAAAACUUGAGAAUCAAGUGAGAAUAGCGGUUAAACGCUUCAAUCGUUCAGCUUGGCCUGAUUCCCGACAAUUUUUGGAAGAAGCAAAAUUGGUCGGUCAACUUCGUAACGCCAGGCUGGCAAAUCUUCUUGGUUGCUGUUGUGAACACGAUGAGCGAUUACUUGUGGCUGAGUAUCUGCCCAAUAAUACACUUGCUAAACAUCUUUUUCACUGGGAAUCGCAGCCGAUGAAAUGGGCAAUGAGGUUACGCGUGGUUUUGCAUCUAGCUGAAGCUCUUGAAUAUUGUACAAGUAAAGGACGUGCUCUUUAUCACGAUCUCAAUGCUUACAGAAUCCUAUUCGAUGAGGAAGGUAAUCCUCGACUUUCGUGUUUUGGGUUGAUGAAAAAUAGUCGGGAUGGAAAAAGUUAUAGCACAAAUCUCGCAUUUACUCCUCCUGAGUAUUUGAGAACAGGAAGAGUGACACCUGAAAGUGUGAUAUAUAGCUUUGGGACUCUUUUGCUUGACCUUUUAAGCGGGAAACACAUUCCUCCUAGCCAUGCGCUCGACUUAAUAAGGGAUCGAAACAUACAAAUGCUUACGGAUUCAUGUUUAGAAGGACAAUUUUCUAACGAUGAUGGAACCGAGUUGGUGCGUUUGGCUUCUCGUUGUUUGCAAUAUGAACCCCGAGAACGCCCAAAUUCAAAGUCACUAGUGGCUGCAUUGACUGCUCUUCAAAAAGAAACCGAGGUUCCGUCAUAUGUUUUGAUGGGCAUUCCGGCCACAACUUCAUUUUCACCUAGAUCACCACUCGGUGAAGCUUGCUUGAGAUUGGAUUUGACUGCAAUACAUGAGAUUUUGGAAACGCUUUCGUAUAAAGACGAUGAAGGGCAAACAAAUGAGCUGUCGUUUCAAAUGUGGACUGAUCAAAUGCAAGAGUCGUUAAAUUCAAAGAAAAAGGGUGAUGUGGCAUUCCGACACAAGGACUUCAAAGACGCAAUAGAGUGCUUUACUCAGUUCGUUCAGCACGGGCCAAUGGUGUCACCGACUGUUUAUGCCCGACGUAGUCUAUCUUACCUGAUGAAUGACAUGGCUCAAGAAGCAUUGAAUGAUGCAAUGCAGGCUCAAGUGGUCUCGCCUGUGUGGCACAUUGCUUCGUAUCUACAAGCCGCCGCACUUUUUUCGCUUAAAAUGGAAAAUGAAGCCCAUGCGGCACUCAAAGAGGGCGCCACCCUUGAAGCCAAGAGAGCUGCAGCCACCACAAAUGGCCAGUGAUAUUACAAGAGAGUGAAGAUUUUUCUUUUUUCUUCUUUUUCAUGUUGGCUUCCGGUUUUAAAUUAUAAUUUUUUAUAUAUGCUAUGAGUAAUUUAUGGUACUGGAGAUUGAAAUAGAAAAAAAAAAUGCAUUCUUUUGUUGAGGAUUUGAAUGUAAAGCAAACUCUAGUUUAUGUACAAAAAGCUUUAUUGUUUAUUCUCA